AUGUGGUUUCAGUUACAGCUGCAGAAAACCCAAUAUUUGCAACUGGGACAGAGUCGUGGCCAGUACUAUGGGGGGUCACUGCCAAAUGUUAAUCAGAUUGGAAACAGUGCCAUGGAUCUGCCCUUCCAGACUCCUUUUCAGUCAUCAGGAUUGGACACAAGCAGGACAACUCGGCAUCAUGGUCUGGUGGACAGAGUGUAUCGUGACAGAAACCGUCUCGGCUCCCCGCAUCGACGCCCUCUCUCUGUGGAUAAACAUGGAAGACAGGUGGACAGCUGCCCGUAUGGCACGGUCUAUCUGUCACCCCCAUCAGACACAAGCUGGAGAAGGACGAAUUCCGAUUCUGCCUUGCACCAGAGUACUAUGACUCCAGCUCAACAAGAAUCUUUUUCAGGAGGGUCACAGGACAUGCAGCAGAAAAGAGUUUUAUUACUGACUGUCCCUGGAAUGGAGGAAACCACCUCUGAGGCAGACAAAACCCUCUCUAAGCAAGGAUGGGACACUAAAAAGACUGGGUCAUCGAGACCUAAAUCAUGUGAAGUUCCAGGAAUCAACAUCUUUCCAUCAGCUGACCAGGAAAACACUACAACACUGAUUCCUGCUACGCAUAACACAGGUGGCUCCCUGCCAGACCUGACAAACAUCCAUUUCCCUUCCCCUCUCCCAACACCGUUAGAUCCUGAGGAAUCCACAUUCCCAGCCCUGAGUAGCUCCAAUAGUACCGGAAAUCUUGCUGCCAAUCUGACUCACUUGGGCAUCAGCACUGCCAAUCAGGGAAUGACGACGACGCCAGCCCCUUCCCAGCAGCACCGUCAGCCAGCCGUCAGCCCUCUCUCAUUGAGCGCAGACUCAAGGCGACCACAGUCACAGCAAAUGUCUCCUACGCUUUCCCCUCUGUCACCAAUUACUCAGGCCGUGGCUAUGGAUGCGUUGUCUCUGGAGCAGCAGCUUCCCCCAUACCCAUUUUUUACCCAGACAACUUCCCAGCAACAGCAGCAGACCCAGGUGGCAAGUACCCUGCCUCAGAAUACUCCUUUAAUGCAGACCUCUGGUUUACAGCGAGGAACACAACUCCCCCCGCUCUCCGUCACAGUACCUUCUACCAUCCCACAGUCACCGCCGGGUAACCAGACCCAGCCAUCAAUGGGAAUAGACAUCAACUCGGCUUCACUCCAGCAGUACCGCAGUAAUGCUGGAUCCCCAGCCAACCAGUCUCCCACCUCUCCUGUCUCCAAUCAAGGCUUCUCUCCUGGCAGCUCCCCUCAACAUUCUUCCAUUCUGGGGAGUGUAUUUGGUGACUCCUAUUAUGAUCAGCAGAUGACAGCUAGGCAGGCUAAUGCCCUAUCCCAUCAGCUUGAACAGUUUAACAUGAUAGAAAACGCCAUUAGUUCCAACAGCCUGUACAGCCCUUGUUCCACCCUUAACUACUCCCAGGCGGCCAUGAUGGGACUUACCGGCAGUCAUGGCAGCUUGCAGGACUCGCAGCAGCUCAAUUACUCCAGCCAUGGAAACAUCCCCAACAUCAUUCUUACAGUGACAGGAGAAUCUCCUCCCAGCUUAUCAAAAGAACUGACCAGCUCUUUGGCAGGAGUGGGAGACGUCAGCUUUGAUACGGAUUCCCAGUUCCCUCUGGAUGAACUCAAAAUUGACCCUUUAACCUUGGAUGGACUGCACAUGCUGAACGACCCAGACAUGGUCCUCACUGACCCCGCCACAGAGGACACGUUCAGGAUGGACCGGCUGUGAAGCGUGGACGCCAGGAGCGUGGGAAUGACGCUUGUUCCUGGAGCCCAGCCGAACUAGAGAGUCCGACGGGUCAGUCGUGUCAGAACAGGGAGCUGCUGAGAGCCGCAGCUCUGUCCUGUACAACGUGUACAAUGAGUAAAGCUUGUCGUUCUAAGCUUGCAGCGCUGCAGACCCCUACUCCCUGUCGCGCCGUAUUUCACCCCUUAUCCACUCGUUGCCAUUAAUGAGUAAGGAGUUUCCAUCAGCCUUUUCCUCUCAGAGCCCCCCCCUUCCUCCCACCAAAGCUCCAGCGUUGUCGGUUCAGCCUUUGCACUGGAAAGGGGGUGGUUUGGGGCAGGCGAGGAAGGUUCGGAGCCGAGGGUAAAGAUUCUGUCUAACGUACCAAAUCGUUGGCUGCUGUUUGGGACGGGGAAGCGCCCACUCCGCUCCCCCCUCUCCCCCCCGGCCCUGAUUCGAAAGCAAAUCUCCACGUUGCCACCCUCUGCGAGGGGCUGGGGGCGGCUUCGGCCGUUUUCACUCUGCUUUGUGACAGCUGCUCCGUAGAGUAAAGCGCUGCUUCCUGUAUCGAUAUGCCAGGUUUGUUUCCAGGUUUGUUUCCUCGACUGUCGUCCUGCGCCCACUGCCUCCUCUCAUGCCCUGAGCAAACUCGCGUGCUUGGCGAAGCGGAAAAGCAGCCCGGCAGCCCGAUGGCCUUUUGUAGCUGGCUAGUCAAAA